CAGCUAUUCUCAACGCCACAUGCACUAGUCGCAGAUGCUCCAGCCGCAGCUUGCCCUCCUCUUGUCUUGGGUCUCGCCAGACCAGUCGACCGCCUUCCUCCCGUCGUGGUGGGUGUACACCCACACCGGCCUCGGCGGCACGUGCCGCUCGACUUGAACCACCCGCCAUCCCCCCGUCCCAUCGGGCACCUUCGUAUGUGUCUCGACGUGGUAGCCGCGAGCAGGCCGUGGGGCUGAGGGGCAGGGGCAAGGCAGGAGGACGCUGGUGUGCUCCGAGGGAGGAGGGGCGAUGUGCGUGUAGAGAGGGGGGCCGACAUAGUGUGUGCGGACGAAUGGCCGACGGGAUGUGGGGGCUGCAGACUGUGGGGCGGGGGGAGGAGGGAAGGCAGCCGCAGCACCCUCAGCCUCCUUCUGCUCUUCUUCCUGCCGCCACCAAUGCUGCAGUGCCUCGUCGGCUAUUGAUGCACAAUCAGCCAAACAUGAAAACAUCGUGUGCACGUGAAUGCGUGUGCAUGCAGAUCGAUCACCUACCGGAUGGUCGGUCGUCCCAUUGGAACGUCUGCAGCUUCUUGGUCAGGUCGACGGCGCCCUCCCAUCCCUCUGGCAGACAAUCAUCAAGGUUCGGAGGGUCCUGAGAAAAACAGCCCAUCCAUCACACUGGUGUAUCAGUCCUCUGUUAACGCGUACCGCAUCUAUCGCGACGCGACGGGCGAACAGGUCCAUCGACUCGUCGAGGUGGAAGGGGAAAACUUGUUGUAUAGCAACACGUACCUCCACACACAAUGAUGCCGACAAUCGACCUACACAUUUGUCAUAUGGAUGGACUGCGGGUGUGCUUACACGAGGCCACCAACCGCCCACGUAUCAGUCUCUUCAGACUGGCCGCUUAUGACUGUCUCCGGGGCCUGCUUGCACACCACACGGCAGUACACACACACAGAGAGAGAGAAAGGCUCAAUCCCAGAGAUCUCUUGUCGCCCUCAUGUGCGAUACGAUCACCGUGUACUCGACGGUGCCUCCUCGGUCAACGAUGUUCCCCCCUGCUAGCUCCAGCAGCCCUCUUCUGGUGAUGCACGUGUCGUAGUCGAUGACCUUCAGCUGCCUCCCGUCGAAUAUGCAGUUUUCGGCCUUGAUGUCCCCGUGGACCAGCUGAGUUCAAGAAGGACGCAUCCACACAUCACACGCAUCUCACACACAGGCAAGCGAAUGGCAUUUCUUAUUGAAUACGGUACCCACCUGACUUGCGUGAAGGUGGCGGACGGCCAGGAGCAGCUGUUUGAUGAGCUGCCGGCAGGUGCUGUGGAAUAUGUGGUGCUCCUCUCUCCACUUGGGAAGGUCGACCCCGUCGCACCUCUCCAUGGCCACAUACACCCACCCACCCGCAGCAUAAUCAGGCCCCGGCUCGCUGACGACGUCGAUGACUCUGGCGAGAUGUGGGUGGUUGGUGACGUCGCGCAGCAGGCCGUACGCCUCGGUCAUCUCGCCGCUGUGAAUGACAGGCAGAACAAGCAAGAGGGCAUACAAUGCAGUCGGGAAAACACACUAGAUCUUUUCUCCUGCUCACGUCCAGUGCCGCCAUGCCACCUUCUUGACGAUGCACGCCCGGCCCGUCCUGGUGUCCGUGGCCUCGUGCACGGCUGAGAUGAGCCUGAACACACGCACCACCACGACCGAUAGUCAGCAAUGAGGGGACCAAUGGGAUCUUGGUGUGCUUGUCGCUUACUCCUCAUCGAUGCGCCUCUCGUGAAUCAGUUUACCGAUGUUGUACUCGUGGCUGAUGUCAGCCACUUCUCGAAGGUCCUUGAUCAAGGACACUGGGGGAAAGAACCAAAGGGGGGGCUAUCACCCUGUGCACAGCGCCGACGGGGUUGGGGUUGCGCGAAGGAUGGCUGAGGCGGGGCUGCAGACUGUGGGGCCGGGGGAGGAGGGACGGCAGCCGCAGCACCCUCAGCCUCCUUCUGCUCUUCUUCCUGCAGCCACCAAUGCUGCAGUGCCUCGUCGGCUAUUGAUGAACAAUCAGGCAAACACAAAAACAUCGUGUGCACGUGAAUGCGUGUCAAUGCAGAUCGAUCACCCGCUCCAGCCUCCCCUGUACCACCGCUCGUGUGUGCGGGCAGGUCCCCUGUGACGCCCAACAGCAAAAACAAUACUGCGGCACGGGCUGCUGCGGCUGCAUGUCAAUCCACCACGGACCUGACCACGCAACACACAGACAGCGACUGCCUUUCUGCUGCGUUGAGGGACGUGCGGCCAUUCGUAUGGGUGCAUGUGUGUUGACGGUGUACCUGUGUCGUCUUAUGUGUUGGUGUACUUGGUUCUAUCUACCGCCGGGCAGACCGGGCCCACCUGUGGACCUGAGUGCACCAUCGACAGCCAUGUGCUGCGGUGCUCACAUCCGUCCACACCCACUCCAUCCAUGCGCACCUUUGCCUCCGGAGUGAUGUCUGCUGCUGCCACGAUGCGAUGGCCUCACCGAGCUGCCCAUAAAUCGGCGAAUUGCUCCCAGGUCCUCCUCCGCCUUCAGUGAAAAGCUCCCUGACCCGCUGCGCCCUCUCGGAUCGACGAUGCCCGCAGACGGAGAUGGCCCUCAUUCCCAGCCAAGUGGCGAUGAACACAGCUGGCAGUGAAAAC